UCAGCCCUCUUUUGUGAACUUUCACCCUCACCCAAUCACCUGGCCGAACAGGAGUCUCUUCUGGUGUCUCGUCUGGUAUCCCUGUAGCUUUCCUAGCCUGUGUAGACAAAACUUGGAUAAUAUUACUCAGAGUUCUGACAUAUUCAUCACUUCUAUUCAUCUAAUAUAUAAAACUGGACCACUCCCUCCUUGAAGAAGGCCCAAGCUUCGGCAUACCUCUUGUUGUUAUGAGACCUAUUGUUAACUACAUGUUAUUAUUUAUUAACUACAACGUCACUGAAAUCAACAUAUCUGUUUAAUCAUGACACUCCCUCCUUUGAUCAUAAAAUGCUCAAUUAAUAUUGCAAUGAUUACCCUAUUCUGAACAGGACAUGUAAAACCCAUAACGUUGCAUUAAAUACAUAUAACUUCUCCGUGUACCCAUAAGGCGUAUACAAAUAUCGUAUGAUGUAUGGCUUUCUGAUGGUUUAAAUGCAUAUUCACUAAAAAUCUGCCAUUAGCACAAAAAAUAGUUUACUUGUUUCAAUAAUGGCUUUUGUCCUGGUAUUAUGCAUCAUUGUUGCUGCGAAAAACAAUACCCCUGGUGUCGCUAAUGCGUCUCAAUAAUUCUAGGAUUAGAGGAUUGGUUGUUACUGCUGAAUUAACAUAUGAUAAAAUAAUAUUUCUCCAAACUAGAGGGAAAAUACGAACUAUUCUCACAGAGGGUGACAUGCAUGAAGGGCUGGUGCCCCUCACUCAAAAUGAGAUAUUGCCUUACACACUACACUAUAAAUCAGUAAAGUUACUCAAGAAUAAAUAAAUAAAAACGGAUUCUUGAAACUGUUGUAAAAACCCUACAACUUCUUCAUCCAAGCUCUCAAUCAGUGUUAUGUUAUUUAAUCUGCAGCUCAUUGCCUUAAAACAGAUACUUUAGACCGAUUAUAAAAUGUUGUUUAUGAGAAAAAUGUAAUCUGACUCCAUAAAUCACAUAAUUGUUCGACUAAAAAACUACACUUCCACUAACAAUAAAUGAAGUUCCCCUUUAAACACAUCCCCGGUCUUCUGACGGGGUCUAUCUAUGUACUGGCUGGUAAAUGUUGUGCCAGUCUCUGUCGCUCCGUCACUGUUCUCCCGCUAACAGUCACUCUCUAGUUCUGCUGGGUUCUUGUUGACUUCUUCACUGGUUUGAGACAAGCGACCCUAUCGGAACACCUCCCUUUGUAGCCAGACUUCACCACAGCAGAAUCAAGUUUCUGUUUUCAGGUCCCAACAGCUUCACGUCGGUUGUAUCAUCGCCCCUUGAACUGCAGUCGGUGUAAACAGGAGGACUUGGUAAGGAUCCUCCGUGUGGUCGAGCACUAGGUUUCCGUCUUCAUAUUUUGGGUGGAAACCCCUCGUCUUGACCUCACUAGCUGUGUGGACACAAUAGUUUUCUGUGUGGGGGAACAACAUCACUUGUAAUCUCUAUCCUUCUCAUAAUUACAAAAAUAGUCUGCUAAAUGUUCUACUAUGUUUUAAUCUUCUACUACUCUGUGGAUACUUUAUGUGUAAAUGCAAUAUGCUACUCACUAUCUUUUAAAUAACAUUCAACCUCUCCCUCCUGUGGUGACAGAUAUGGCUCAAUGUAGCUGGAUUUCAAAAUACCCUUGUGCCGAAGAUGCAUCACCUGGUGGUCUGACCCUCUGAGCUUCCUCGUUGUUGUGGUUGAUACCAGGCUGUCAGUGGCAUUUGGUUCAUGUUUGGCACCCCUGUUCGUCUUUGACAUCUCUGGGACCCCCUGCCUCCGUCGACAUCAUGGAAACCUCCCCUGGGGUAACUGCAUGGAGGGCCGUUGUUUGGUGCAAUGUUCUGCGGACACUCUCUGGACCAAUGUGACAUCUGUCCACAUCUGAAGCAACCACCAUUCUGGACACCUCUUCCUCUGCCUCUUCCUUUUCAUCGGAAACAUCCUCCUCUUUGUUGAUUCUGUAUCUGAUUGUCUGGCACUUCCUGAGCUUGAACUGUUGGCGGUGUCUGCACUACGGUCUCUGUUAGUAUGGCCUUCUCUGGUUCUAUGGCCAUCUCUGAUGUAGCUGCCAUUUGCCUUGCCACUUUCUUGUUUUUAUUAGUUUCGGUAUCUUCCUCAGCUAUUUGUAUCUUCAAGAGUCUCAGUUGUAGUGCUUCCAUUUCUGUCUUUUACUUGGAAAGGUUAAAGCAUCUGAUCUGAUUUUUACCCUUUCCUUGAUAUCUGCAGUUGAGCCUGACUCUGCGUCUGGUCUCAACUUAGUUUCUUUCGGAAACAUGCUCUCUUCCUAUUCGAAUGAAUAUUAUUAAGUUAUCAAAGAUUUAAACACUAAUCCUCCGACUAGCACCUUCGUUCCUGAUAAAUAAUAUCCUAUGUCAUCCGAACUUAACUUUAAAUCUGGGUUCUUUUUUUAAAAUUGUUUUUGAAGUUAAAGUUGUUUUGUUUUUUUCAAGUUUAAUAUUUUUUUUUAAAUUAGGAUUUAAUUUGUUUAUUAAACAAUUCAUAAAGUAAGUUAAAAGAUUAAAAAAAAUGCACAUUUUAAAAUCAGAAAUGUUAAAAAUAAAAAUUGUACAGUGUAUGGUUUUGACUUUUGAAAUAUGAAAAUAGAAAUCUGGUGAAAAUCUAAAUCUAGUGUGUACUGUGUAUGGGAAGUGUAUGGUUUUAUGCAAAUAUCAUAACUUGUGUUAGCUUCAAUACAUUUGUGUUUGAAUAUUCUACAGUCUUGUUGGAAAGACUAUUAUGUAAAGUUUCAUGUGUUCAUGUAUAACACUCAAAAUUAAGCUUCAGAAUGUUAUAGUAUCUUUCCCUAGAGGCGUUUCCUCUAUCUGUGUAAUAAUUCUAUAUUACCAGCAGAGUGCGCCGUUGUAAUUUCAAACUCAAUCCACUAGGGAUAGCUGUUGCAAAACUGACCUAUUUAACAAGAAGAAGCUUAUUUUCCUUAAAAAUAUCUUAAAAAUGGGAAGAAAAUUACACUAUGGUUUAACAGCACAGCACAUAACCGCCAAAACACAUUUGCAAAAAGGAAUAUUUCAAAAACCGCCAAUACACACUUGCAAGCAGGAAAACUUCCAAACUCAGAUUUGGUUUAUAGGAAAUACAAUACUUCCCUACAAAUACCAAACUUCCAACGGUAAGAUAACCUGACUAUUUUCUAGUUCCAACUCUGCCAAGAAAUAUGAUUUGUCCUUCUCAAGAUGGAGUGCCUAGCCUCAUGUGAGUGGUACUGGGUGUAUUAAAACAGAGUACUUUCAAUUAGCAUUUCACGAAAUGGCGACUGCCGUGUGUCUGUUAAUCAAGAUGUGAUGUAAACAAGAUGGCACCCGUUUAUUUCAAACUCUGACCUGUGGACAAAGAGAUUUGAAAGUAGACUAUGUGGCUCUCAGAGAGGAGUUUAAACAAUGGUGGGGUGAUCUUUAAACAAACUGUAACAAAGGAAACCACUGGUGUGGUAUUCUAAAACCUGAAAUACAAGCCAAAACAACACUUAGUUUAAAAUAAUAACAUUUCUAUCUAGUUUACUAUGAAAAAUGGGCUUUAUCUUAUUGAUAUCAUCACUUAAAGAGCCUGUGACAGCCACCCAACAACUGUUGUGCAAUGAAAUAUUGGGCUACUAGUAAUCUCGAACCGUCAGUUUAAAAAAGAAAAAGCGAUACCGUUCCGAUAAAUAUCAAUAAUUUCGAGGUUUUGGGGGAAGCCGGAAGUGAAAUGAAUGCGGGAACGCUUCACUGUGCGGCGUGAGAUCCAAACACGGACAAAGUGUGUUGUCAUAUGUAAGAAUGGUUCGACGAUGCGUUGUGUCUGGGUGUUCCAAUACAGCAAAUGACGAACUAAACAUCAGCAUCCAUAGCUUUCCCACAGAUGUCAAGCAUCAGCGCACAUGGGAGAAAAACGUGCAGAACACAACGCUUUCUGCCCGAUGAUUUUGAGGAAGGGCCUAUAUUGAUGGUUGGAAGUGGGAUAGAUGUAACGCGAAAACGGAUUCUGAAGCCGUCAGCAGUGCCUACUCUCUUUCCCACGCCGUCGCAAAUCCGUCAAGGCACCGGAGACUUUGCCACCGCCACCCCCCCAGCAAAACGCCACAGAAGUGCCUACUUCGACAAACGAGAGAAAACUCAGGUUUUGGAUUCUCUCCUAAAGCCACGGUUGACAGCUGAUGGUGCAUCAGCUGCACAUACUUCAACUGCAUGCAGUGAUGCAUCAGAUAAUCCCAUGCAAGAGACGCCAGGCACUAUGACCUCUGCUUGCCAAACUGAUCCAGUAAAGGAGAAGAAAAAGCCAAAGAGGAGCAAAGGGGUUCAAACUAAGCCGCGAGAAAAGACAACAGGGACUCCAAUAGAGAGGAAGCUGUUCCAAGACACUGGCAGUCAAUGCAACAUAAUUCCCACCGCAAAGAAAGAGGUAUCACCUCCACCAUUAUCAUCAUCAUCAUCAUCAUCAUCAUCAUCAUCAUCUCCAUCUCCACCUUCAUCACCAGGAUAUCAUCCACCUUCGUCACCUGACCUUUCAUCAUCAGAAGAUGACUACCAGAAGAACAGUGAGCCGGAUAUGGAUGAGCCUGUCACACCCAUCCACAAGGAGAAGAAGUUUAUUGUCUUCAUGACUUGCCUCACGAGGUUGCUCAGCUGGUGCCACUGCCCCGACUGUGGUUCAGUUGACAUUUCCACAUGCCACAAUGUCAUUGGCUCACUCCUAGUCAUUACGUUGUCAUAUGCAUCUUGCUUCAAGAAAGUGACAUGGAACAGCCAACCCUACAUCGGCAGCACACCAGCGGGCAACAUUCUCUAGUCCACUUCAAUUUUGUUGGCAGGUGUCACUGCAGGAAAGGUUCUGCGGGUUAUGAGAACCAUGGCAUUGGCGACCAUAUCUUCACGGACGUAUUUCCGGCACCAGAGAAGUGUUUUGUUGCCAGUUGUCCAGCGAGUAUGGAACAUGAGACAGACAUUCUUGCUUGGCACAUUUCAGGCAGAGGGAAGAGACCUGGUCCUUGGAGGUGAUGGCCGGGCUGAUAGCCCGGGACAUUGUGCAAAGUUUGGGAGUUACACCAUGUUGGAGCUGCAUGCCAAUGUAGUAAUAGAUAUUCAGCUAGUCCAGGUGGGUUACCGGUAUCUGAAGAAGUUUAUGAGCAGGGUUGAAAUCAAUUGACUGAUAUAUUUUGUAUAUGCAAAACACUGAUAUUAAGUGUAUUUUUUAAAUAUCUAUUAUUACAUUUGUUGACAUUUUUGCAAAUAAAUAGUGUAAAGGAAUAUUUUAGUCUUGUUAAAGUUUAUAGAAUUUAGUGACUUGUCCUCGGGAAUCUGUUUCUGGUUAAAGUGUUUUCCUCCUCACUGAAAUGUGAUCCUGCGCGUAAUACUCAGGAGGACAGAUCAAGAGGUCCUUUGACUUACUGUGUGGGUGAGGGGUUUGGGGCACUUAAGGAGGGGCAAUAUAUGCAGUCUUUGUCCUUGGUGUCUGGUAAUGAUUAGGGGAAAGGGCGGGCUGUUUAGACCCCUCCUUUAAAAGAUAUAUAGAGAUGUUUCUGUCUUUGGUGUUUAGAGUUUGCUGGUAUCUUACAUGAGAAUUGUGAUAUACUGUGAUCUCUCCGGCCGUACGAAUCCUCAAUAAAUAUCAGUGUAUUGACUAAGGCGAAUCCAGUUUCCCUCAUUUCAUGAUUGGCUCAACAUUGCUGCAAAGAAGUUUUUACUUCACAAUUAGCUAAUGGUGUGGCCAACUCAAACCAGCUGCAUUGGACAUAUGGACAAAAUAGAUAUAGAAUAAAACCACAGCUAGGUUUGCAUAAUUGUUUUUCUCGUGGUUUCCAAUGAUUCUAUUUACAAAAUGUCUAGGUGCUGUAAUCCACAAAUUAGUUUUAAAUAAUACAAUUGUAUAUAACAAUUUCAUAAUGAAUUAAAAUAUAUUAACUUAGGACAAUAAUUAUUUAAAAUUAUUUAGUUUGGAUUAUUACAUAUUAAACCUGUUAUAUAUUACAUUUACUGCAGGUCUAAGUGUAGUUAUAUUUGCAUUGUAUACAUUUGUCUAAUACCUAUGUAUCUGUUUUCUGCUGUUUUAGAGCAAUGAAUGUGGUGGUAGCUACCAUAUGGAGAAAACUGGGUUGGAGCGCUCCCUGGCUCAUCUUGAGCGGCAGGGACUUGCAGUUGGCACGAUGGUCACCGACCGACACCGGCAAAUAGUCAAGUGGCUCAGAGAGACCUACCCCCACAUUGAGCACCUCUAUGAUAUCUGGCAUGUAGCAAAAGGAUUUUCCAAAAAACUGCUUGCGGUGUCAGGUGCUUCGCCAAUGGAUAAAGAGUGUGAGCAACCAUAUGUACUGGUGUGCGGUGUCGACCCCUUCUGGUCAAGGAGCCCAGAUUGUUGCAAAAUGGGAGUCGGUUGUGUCUCAUGUAGAACAUACACACAGGCCAUGGAGACCUAUUCCCGUCAUGCAUCCAUGGCAGGCUGCAGGGGAGGGAGUCCCACAAGAAAUGGCUGGAACCAUCAUCCAAGGCAGCAGUCAAAUUGGAGACGCUGGUGUGCAACAAAACCCUGUGUAACGACAUUUUGAAGCUAUCUGGGGGCUCCCAAACAUCAGCAGUGGAGCCUCCUUAUCCAGUUUGCGCCGAAGAUGUAUGUCUUCUCUUACACAGGAAUGCUUUGUCGGAUACUGAUUGCAGCCCUCCACUUCAAUGAAAAUGCCAACCGGGUGCAAGGCGUGACAAAGACUGGGGAAGCCAUGUAUAGCAUCAAGUACCCAAAGGGUAGAAAGGGAGCAGCAGUGCUUCGCAGAGUGUUGGAAAGCAGAGAUGGGGACUCGAGUCUGUGACUCGGACUCGAGUCGCACUUAAGUCGCACACACAGAGACUUCAGACUUGACUUGGACUCCUGCUCAAAAGACUUCGGACUCGACUUGGACUCGUGUUUUGGGACUCGUGAACAAUCAUUGUGUUUUCUAUUU